AUGGAAUCCGCUCGAAUGAAGGACGAUGGCUCUCGGUUGCGACCAGUGUACAGCCAAAAGCGCACAUGCGAAAGUUUGAGUAUUCUACGUCGGCGGUCGGUUGAUUGCGCCAUUGGCACGUUGGCACGCAUCCAUGGCGGCACCUGGCACGCUGCCUUCGGCGCCACGGUGAUUGGUAGGCAACUAGGUCACAUGGUAAUGGCGGUCGAUAAACGGAGUUCAACGUGUAAGUACGACCGGCGGUUGCUGGAUGAUGCACGUGCGCGGUGGACGCAAAUAGUUUGCCUCUCGUUCGUGCGUCGAGUGGUCGUCAGCGACGAAUACUUUGUGGCGAGGGAAGCCACGAAGAACGCCUGUCGAGGAUGCCUGCUCCUUGUGCACCCGUCCAUCGAUCGUGCGCGCAAGGCAACAGCCUGUGGGGUGGGGGGAUGA